AUGGCGGCUGUGCCGGCGGAAAUGGGUGCUGGAGAGUGGGGAAGGGCUCGGGUAGUGGUGGAGCGGUGGAGGCAUGUGCUCGCGGUGCCGAGGCCCAACUUAUAUAGGGCAGAGAGGGAGCGAAGAGGAGCCGGUCGCGAGCUCAGAGGCAUGCCGCCCAUGGCGGCUGCGAUUGGCGCGCCUGAGGCUCAGGAUAUGGUUCCUGCUGAGGGAAACCACAGUUGCUCCUCAAGUGUUCAGUCCACCCCAGAAAUUGAGAAAAAGUAUGUGCAUCGUGUCUAUGAUGCCAUAGCUCCCCAUUUCAGUGCAACAAGAUUUGCUAAAUGGCCCAAGGUUGCAGGAUUCUUGAAUUCCUUGAGGCCUGGGUCGAUUGUACUGGAUGUUGGCUGUGGUAAUGGCAAGUAUUUGGGCUUCAACCCUGAUUGUUUAUUCAUAGGAUGUGAUAUAAGCCCACCGCUUAUUGAGAUAUGUGCUGGGAGAGGGCAUGAGGUGUUGGUUGCUGAUGCUGUCAACCUCUCAUACAGGAAUGAUUUUGGUGAUGCAGCAAUUUCGAUUGCCGUGUUGCAUCAUUUGAGUACUGAUGAUAGACGGAGGAAGGCCAUAGAAGAGCUAAUACGUGUUGUUCGGAGAGGUGGUCUGGUGCUCAUAACAGUCUGGGCUAGGGACCAGGAAGACAAGUCAUUGCUUAACAAGUGGACUCCCCUCUGUGAGAAGUAUAAUGAAGAGUGGGUUGAACAGAGCAGUCCUCCAGUACGUAGUCAAUCUGGAACUCUUCUGGAAAGCAUUGCAGAAACUGAUGAAGACACUGGUGUAAUGAAGCAAACAGAUGAUCGAUUAAAAAAAUUUCAUGAUGGGGUGGAGGAUAAGAUCAUUGACUUUAGUAAUUCAAAGACUGAUGAAAAUGAGAAAAACCAGCAGGAGUACUUUGUUCCAUGGCAUCUACCAUUUCACCGAGCUGAAAUUGGUGCUGCAUCUGCUGCUCUGGAGAAUGGAUUUGCAAAGAAAGAUGAGAAGAAGGGUACAGUGGUCUACAAUCGUUAUUAUCAUGUUUUUGUUGAAGGAGAACUUCAAAGGUGGAGUAUUCUUACUCAGCAACUCUACAUUCACAUGAAAAAGCUUACUUCCUUCCCCUUUUGUUUCUACCUAUUGGUUUCUGGCAUAAAGAAUGCUACUAUUGUUGACCAGUUCUAUGACAAAUCCAACUGGUGCAUUGUUCUCGAGAAGCUUUGA